ACACACACAGAAACGAAAUAGUAUUACCCACAUGUAAAUCGAUAUGAUGACUCACUAGAUAUUUAAAAAUAUGAUCCCACACUCCGUCGCAUUGGAAGCCGUGAUCUCGGGACAGGCCGUUAUCAUUCACACACACUCAUUGUUGCAGACGACAUUGAACUGUGUUGGCGGUAAAAAUAUUGUCUCUCUUUCUCUAUCUCUCAUUCACCACCAUUCAUUCGCGUAAUCUACCAUUUUGCUGGCGGAUUUUCAGUUGGGCGGCGCACAUUUCGUUUAGUUACCACGCGACCAGGGUGCAUCGCAGAGGAGUUCCGCCACCGGCUGCCGGAAGCUAUCAUAGGUUACCCGUGCAUUGGUUUAUACCAGUCUUAUGGAAUUUAGCAAGUAGAUACAGAUCUGGAAAUUGAUUAAUUACGAGGUGCGAUAAUCUUCAGAGAACGGCCCGACACUUUGUUAUACCAUCAAAUAAUGCAUGUGGAGUAUAGGUUUACGUCAUCACAAAGGUUUAACGAGUCUUAUUGAUCGGUGACCAUCUUAAUGAUUUUCGUCAAUUCAUUUCAGAGGAAUUAGAGGAACACCCAAUUGGAAAAUUGUGUUUCGUUUUUAACUGCCAUAUAUGAUUUAUAUUCAUAUUUACCAGUCUUGGAAUGCUUUAAGAAAGCACGUGCGGAAUUAUUUUUACUCGGGAACUUCAAACGCUAUAUGCCAUGCAUGUGGGCCUACUCUAACUAGGGCUACAUCUCUGAUUUUAACGCUGUGUAAUUUAUAUUCCGAAAGGAGAACCGAUUGAUUAAUUGUGAACCUUAUAGUGAUAAGGUCUAAAUCAACAGAGUGGUGUCGAAAUAUUUGAUGUUCUUAUAUUUGGAGUUAAUCACCAAUGACCAUUAACAACACAAGGGGUGUGUGUUUCGUCAUGCCAGAUUAUUUGUCAAUGGUGUACGUCGUCACAAAGUAGACCGAAUCCUGACUCAGAACAUUAAUUAUUCCAUUUGAUUUAAUAAUAUGCUAUACCUGGAAUAUCCAGCGAUGCAGCAACGGUGGGUAAAAAAUGAGGAGAACUUGAAUAUUUAAACGGGACACAUUUGGAUUAAUAGUGCUGCUGGAAUUACUCCUUGGAUAUUUCUAGAAUUAAAGUUGGAUUUACUUGGCGUCUGUUAUAUCUCGUAAACGACGUGACUUAGUUAUAGAUCGCGUAUAAUAUAUUGACCGCGAAUAUAAAGUGAUAUUUACCCGUACAACGUGCGAUGUUUAUGUCUACAGGUUUUUGUUCAGCUUUAAACCUCCAGUACUACCACAUUCAUUGUCUGUCUGUAUUUUACAGGCAUCGCAUACCCUAUUGAUUGAUUAUUGUGUACUAUUUACCGUCACACCGGGUAAUAGUACUUUAUAUCACCCCUUGUUUUGUGCAGUAUACUCAAACCACUGCCGCUUGAUAGACAGCUACACCGGAGCCGUGAAGAAAACAUACAAUAUCAAAAUGGAAUUGAGGACGGAUAUGAGGAGCAUUAAUUUCAAAUUGACAGUCACUAUCAUAUUAUAUGUACUUGCAUUCCAUGUUGGCAUCGCUAUAUCGGACGAUAAUGACUUCUUCGGAGAGGAACGAUAUGAUAGUCCCACACAUGUUAGGCCAUUGACUCCGGCAGAUCGGGGAUAUAGGGAUGUGGUGAUCGCGAUAAAAGAUGAUGUGAAUGAAGAUGAUUUUCCAGCUCUUUUGGAUGAUUUGAAGCGGGCAAUGACUAAGGCCUCUUCAUUCAUGUACAUAGCCACAAAAUCACUAGCAUAUUUUAAAACCGUCCGGAUUCUUCUUCCGCCAUCUUGGAUGAACGGGACAGACGUUGCCAUGGCAACGUGGGAGAGAUACGAAAACAGUGACAUCAGAAUAGCGCCAGCCAAUGAAAACUUUCCAUACACCGAAAAGUUCACAGGGUGCGGUUUACCCGGGAGAUACAUCAGCUUGACACCCGGUUACAUAAGUAACCGGAAAGUAGGAUCAAAUGCUCUUCAUAAUAUAUAUGGGACGCCCAAUAAGGUGAUAGUACACGAAUGGGGUCACUUCAGAUGGGGCUUAUUCGACGAGUAUCCUCGCUAUAACAGCUUCUACUACGAUGUAGAUGCCAAAAGAGUUGAAGCAACAAGAUGUGUACUAUCAAUUCCAGGUGAAAUACGGAACAUGCAUACUCAAAAGGAAUGCAACAGUGACGAAGAUUAUAACAGUGAUCUCUUGCCCGACCCAUCAGUGUGUAGAUUCUAUGAUGAUAUGAAUGCCAAGACCUACAGCGCAUCCAUCAUGUAUAAGCAAUACUUAUCCAAUAACGAACAAUUUUGCGAUGAUCCUACUCGCCCCGGAGUCCCUGAUUCGGUAGCACAUAAUCCCAUGGCACCAAAUGAACAAAACAACAAAUGUGGUCAGCGAAGUGCAUGGGAGGUAUUGCGCGCCCAUCCUGAUUUCGAGGACACGGAUAGUCUCGACCCUAGACCCGUUCCAAGCACAGACCCUGAAUUUAUCAUAAUACGCCAGAAGCUUCAGACUACCACUGUUCUCGUACUGGAUAUAUCUGGUAGUAUGGGAGGAGAAAGGCUAGUUCUUCUGCAACAGGCUGCUGCUAACAUCAUAGAGAACAUCCUUCCUCUUGGAGCCCGUCUCGGCAUCAUCGCCUUCAACGAGUACGCAACCGUGCUCCACAGCAUCGUCGAGAUCGAUUCCCAACAGAGGAGGGAGUCGUUGUUGAGGAGCUUACCGAGGUCGGCGAGUGGGAGAACGAGCAUCGGAAGAGGGGUCGAAUUGGCAGUGCGAGAACUCCGGGAAUUCGAGAAUGACCCAGCCGGAAGUACUCUUAUUGUGAUCACGGACGGGGAGCAGAACGCUCAUCCCUACAUUAAAGAUGUCUUACACGAGAUUGAAAACAUGACCGUUAACACUGUUGCUGUGGGCGGAGAAGCAGAUGGCCAGCUCGAACUUUUAGCUGUUCACACCGGCGGGGAUUCCUUCUCACACACCGACAAGUCCAGCGAAAUAUACUUGUCUUUCUUCAAGGCUGCUGCAGCUCAAAUGAGUCAAUCCCAGGUCAGUGCCGCCAUCAUUGACGCCGACUUUACCUCCAUCAAUCAUCGAGAAACUUUCACCAACAAAUUUCACUUGGACGACGCCCUCACCGGUGGACUUAAGAUAACCAUUGCCUACAUCUGGUCGCUCAGCCCCGAUGAUGUCUUCUUUCUCCUCAUCAGUCCGGAUGGUCGGGUGUACCACACCAAUAUGGUCCCUGCCCGUUUUACCUCGGAUCGUGUCUACAAGCAGAUUAAGAUCGAUCUUAAGGAAGAUGAUGUUGUGGCUGGUGAAUGGACACUGAAUGUAACAAACCAAGGUUCGUUUCGAGAUGAUUUCAACAUCGUCAUCCAACCACGUGUUAAAGAGGGGGCCACGCCCAUAUUAGCCACAGCCCAGUGGGCGGUACCUUCAGUAACCCCGCCCAACAGACAGAUCCUCUACGUAUUUGUUCAACAAGGUGACACUCCUGUAAUGGAGGCAGAUGUAAGGGCUGUGGUGCGUCUGAACUCAAACGCCAGAGAAGAAAAUACCGUUACUAUCAUCCCUCAUGAUGACGGCAUUGGAGCGGAUAUCACAAAGGAUGAUGGGAUAUAUUCAGCUUAUUUCACGAGUUUCUUAGGGAAAGGGCGCCAUGGAGUCGAGGUUCAUGUAAGUGCAAACCACGAAACGAGACUUUCUAAAGGCGGCCUCGUCGGCUACGGAGCGGCGUCCAAUCCCGAAUUCGCCGCCGAAGAACGCACCGUCGUCGUAGAAUAUACGGGCGACUUUCAACGAGAAAUCACCGGUGGUAGUUUUGACUGUACCUCUACAGAUUGCGGAAACAGUUCUGUUGAUCUUUACCCCCCUGGUCGCAUCACCGACCUGAGUGUUGCAAGGGUCCAUCAAGACUUUGUGGUUCUAAGAUUCAGUGCGCCUGGUGAUGAUUUAGCCGCUGGUUCUGCUACAAAAUACGUAAUCCACUAUUCGACAAACUUCACACAAAUGACCAAGGAUUUCCAGUUAAGUAACGUAGUGCCUCCUCAUUGGAUACCAGACUUUACUCAGCCAAGGCGACCGGGAGCGGUGGAAAAACUGACAGUGUUGUUAAAUCAUACAGCUGAAACAACACUCAUAUUUGGCAUUGUCGCCAUCGACGACGCCGACAACCAAGGCGAACGAUCGAACCUCGUCACGGUACGGUUGACGCCCAAAGCUUCACCGCAAACGGGUUUGCCCCCAGCUGCUAUCGCUGGUGUCGCGUUGUCGAUGUUCCUCAUCGUCUUAUGUCUACUCAUCGUCGGUUUGCUUUAUAUUUGGAGACGAAGACGACCGCCAUCGAAAAGUGAAUGCAACGGCAAACAUCCAGUAUCUGUAUGACAAGGAGAGUCCGAUUAUUGUUGAAUUUUUAUGAACCACCCUGUACAUAUAUAUAUAUGGAUUCGUUCAAUUUUCAUGAGCCACCGUGUACAAGCAACUGAAUGCCUACCGUUGCAUCGUAAAUUUGUCGCAUUUUUAUGAUCCACCUUGUACAAGGCGUCGGAUGUGUUUAGUUUUUAUGAACCACCCUGUGAAAGUAGCUGGAUGCCGACCGAUGCGUUGUAAAGCCGGAAUAGUAUUUGACACUCGGUGACAUUACGAAUCGUAUGAUAAAUGACUUUGUCUAUUUUGAGUGUUGUUGGCAAUAUAAAAUCGGCUUGUUCGUGUCCUUUUGUCUGUGGUCGCCGCGUUGAUCUGUAUGAAAAGAAACAUGGACCCUACUAAGAAGAGUCUGUGCAAUAACGUCGUUACAGACAGGGAGAUUGUUAUAAAAGGAACUGCUUGAUGUUUUACCGACACAAUCAGUUUUAUAAGACAGUUGCCAUAGUAACAGUCAGAUAUCUGGGUUCCUCGGCCAUGUUAUUGAUGAUGAUACGCUCUCCGGUAGUACAGCAAGUUGUGUGGACUACAUCGUGAUGCAACGUUGGUGGCAGCAAACAGGGAUCGAGGUUUGAGACUGUGUCGUCGUGAUUUUUUUUUUGUAAUGAAUUCGGCAUGCUGCUAAACAAACAAAAACUAAUGAUAAAAAUGUCAUGCUGGAAUCAAAGUGAAAUGGCCGCGUAGUAUACAUGGAGCCUCCUUCGAACUUUACAAAUAGAAUAAUGAAUCGACAUUGAGGCAGCGAAAUAUGGAUCCUUAUUUCCCGAUAUACUCUGACGUAGUUCGUCGCUGACUGUGAUUGAGUAAUUACGAACUAAUGUGGUGGCACCAAUUAUUGUGGAUGCAAAGCACAGACUUGCCGUUGCCAUGAUUGCUGACUUUGUGUUGCGGUCAUCAAAUUUUCAUAGAUAUUUCGAAAAAAAUAAGCCAGUGAAAUAAGGUCCUACCAUCCUACAGACUGGCUAUAAAAUUUGAUCAAGUGAGAUUUAGAUGAAUAUUUUAUUCUACUAAUAAAUAGAUGAGACAAUCAAUUUUAUGUUGCCCUAUUUCUUUGAAAUGUUGUUGCAAUCUUUAAACCGUUUCAUAGUUUAAUGUAAACUUUGAAACUAUUUUCAAAUUACUGUAUACCCGUGUAAUGAGACAAGUUGACAAUAUUCAACUGGGCACCCCCCCCCCCCCUCUUACUAUGCGUUUCUAUAGACCUACUGUAAAAAAAUACUGUUUAAAAAAAUAAGCACGAUGUUUAAGCCUAUGCUCCUUUAAACAAUUGUUGAUUUCUUUUUAUCUUUUUAAAUUGUAUAAACUUCAUGUAUUAUACACAUGAAAGUUUAAUCAUCUUGUUCUUAAAGUUUAAACAACCUCAAAAGUCUAAACACUAGUUAAAGUGACGGGCUUUAAAAAACGUGGUUGAAAAUUUCAACAACGUUUUUAUAAGUCUCACUCACACCUAAGCAAUCAAUCCAAACCGACCAUUCGUCACCAUUGAUAUUUCACUAUAGAUAAUAAUUAUAAUUGUUUUGGUUGGUGUGGAUAUCGUUUCCAGGUGUGGCUGUGACACCAUAGCAUAGCAAGGGGAAUCUCUUUCUCCAGUUCUCAGCAAAUAAUUACAUAUACAGUAUAUAAGUGUUUUUUCUGUAAAUCUAACAUAAACAGAUUAUUGCCAAAGUAUUUGAAGCGUUAUUGUGCAUUAAUGUUGUCUAUUGAUAAUAGACUUUUCCUUUUUUUAUUGUAAAAAAAAAAACGAUCUGCUUAAUUGCCUGGUACUAUGUAAUAUACAGACAUUGAAAUCGAAUGCCAAUGAUAUGUAACUUUUAUCUUUUACGUGAAACAAAACAAAAGGUGUCGUGACACAUAACAUGCGCCAUAUUGCUAUGCUUUUUUUAAACCUUAUACUUAUGUUUCUUCGCUCGGUGUUCAUGGUAAAGUUAUUAUGAAUAUUACUUUGUUAGAGCAAAAUAAUGUAUUACUGUGAAUCAAUCGCAAAUGCUACUUUCCCUUUCUAAUGUGAGCUAACUUCAUCAUACUUUUAUCAAACUUUACUCGUCGAAAUAUUUAUUUUACUUAGGACCUAAUUACCUACUCGAUUAAGCCUGUAAUUAUAAGAAUAAGAUAUAAGCAAUAAGACUUAGAUAUUCAUGUAGCGCCUAUAUUAAACAUGCUCAACGUUGUUCGAAGCUCAAAUUAUUGAAACGUGAAAUGAUUCAAAUCAGGCGAAUUGUAUAUGUUCAUUUUUCUG